AUGGUACUGUAUAUCGCGAUUGCUUUGAUUGCUGUUGCAGCAUACAUUUUUCUAUUCACCAAGAGAGGUAGAAUUAAUGGUAUACGCGAAAAGUAUGUCUUAGUCACUGGAUGUGACUCUGGCUUUGGCCUUUUACUCACCGAACAACUUGAUAGACUUGGAGUUAAAGUUUUCGCUGCUUGUUUGCUACAAAAAUCUGUCGAUGAAAUUGGUCAGAAAUACUCACAUGCCAUUCCAUUUACAAUGAACGUGACAGAUAGUGAAGAUAUUCGCAAAGGUGUAGCGUUUGUAAAGCAAAAGUUACCGGAAAAUGAAGGAUUAUGGGGUGUAGUCAACAAUGCGGGUGUAGUUGGAUGCGGCUAUGCUGAAUGGUUAACGCGUAAAGAUUUUAUGAAAGUCUUAGAUGUUAAUCUGUUAGGAGUUAUUGAUGUAACUGUACAAUUUCUCCAUCUUAUACAAAAGGCAAAAGGACGUGUUGUCAAUAUAGGCAGUCUCCUAGGCAGGCAUCAUGAAACUUUCGCCGCACCUUAUGUAGUUUCUAAGUUUGGUGUAUUAGGUUUCUCAGAUUCAUUACGAAUGGAAAUGAGGCCAUUUGGAGUAUCGGUUCAUAACAUUUGCCCAGGCUAUUUUCAAACUGGACUUGUUCGUAGUGCAUCAGAUAUUAUGCGCCACUUUGAAGCUACGUUGGACAAAGAGCUUAUUUCUCGUUAUGGCAAAGAGCAUAUGAAAGAAUAUUCAUAUUGGAUUGCAUAA